AUGGCGCUAACCAGUGUACUUUUCUUCAUUUUUCUUGCUUCCUCAUCUGUGAGCGCUGCUCCUUGUAACCCUCUUUGUUUGCAUAAAAGCAAGGCUGGUUAUUUUCCUUUAUCUAAGACUACUCUCACCUCUGGGUCAUGUGGGUAUGGUUCAUUAGCUAAAGGCUUCAAGAAUGGAUACAUUACUUCUGGUAUUCCUUCCUUACUAGGAGAAAAGGGUGUUGCCUGUGGAUCCUGCUUACACGUUAACUUGCAAGAACAAAACAUUAUGCAGAGGAAAAGGUACCAUUGUAGUUCUAACCAGUAGUCUUAAGCAGACACAAAAC